AUGGCGGGGGGAGCUGCAUUUGUGGUUAAGGAGAAUGAGAAAGGAGGAGGGGAAUCAGAGGUUCAGAGAGCAGGAGUGGAAAAUAAACCAAAGGGUGCGUGGUCGAGUGAUCAGGUGGUGGAGUAUUUAGUGGCGAAAAUGAAUGAGGGGAUGUUUUAUGUGGUUUGUCCUGAUGGGGAUGUAACCGAGGAGAUGGAUCGGAAGAGGAUGGCUUGGGGAGCGGGGGAUUUGGUGCAUGGGAGACAGGCGUUGAGUAGGUGGAGGGAGGAGUAUAAGGGGGAGUUUGAGGAGUUUAUGAAGAGGGAUUUGUAG